UUGCACUUUUUUGAUGGAGACCCCAGGAGGUACUUAAGAGGCCAAGAUUAGCUGGCAUCCAAUACGCACGAUGCCGCCGCCGCCGCCACCACCACCACCCUCCGAAUAUUCGGCCCCAAUUAUUCACCCCUUCUCCAAGCUAUUUUGUUCGUAUCUCACCAAAUAUAAGCUAAGAUUAUUUUUCUGAUAAGAUUUUCUACCCUUCUGACAUAAUCUGAUAUGUUCUUUAUUCUGGAACUGGAACACCUUUAGCUUCUCACUCUGGCUUUAUUGGGUUCAGGUUUUGGGCAAGAUGAGGUUUAGUAGGUUCUUUUCAUUGGUGAUUAUUUUGAGCCUCUUGAGCUCUGGGAUGGGAAGACAUGGUGGGGAGCAUCCCCUUUCGAGGAUUGCUAUUGAGAGAUCGACAUUUGCCAUUCAUGAUUCGGCCUAUAUUAGAGUUUCUCCACUUGUUCUCGGGUUGGAGGGGCAAAAUAGUGAAUGGGUGACUUUAGAAUACAGUCAUCCAAAUUCAUCAAAUGAUGAUUGGAUUGGAGUUUUUUCUCCUGCAAAUUUCAGCACCUCCAUGUGUGCAUCAGACAAUGUAUGGGUGGAACCACCAUUGCUGUGCACUUCCCCUGUUAAGUAUCAAUAUGCCAAUUACACAAGUGCUGACUACUAUAAAACAGGAAAAGGGACAUUGAAGCUUCAGCUGAUCAAUCAGAGAGAGGAUUUUUCCUUUGCAUUAUUUUCUGGUGGGCUCUCAAAUCCAAAGCUGAUUGCUGUUUCGGAAACGGUAACUUUUGCCAAUCCAAAGGCGCCUGUGUACCCACGGUUGGCUCAAGGAAAAUCUUGGAAUGAAAUGGCUGUAACAUGGACAAGUGGAUAUGGUAUCAAGGAGGCAGAACCUUUUGUUGAAUGGGGUCUACAAGGGGAAGCUCAAAUCCGCUCCCCAGCUGGAACAUUGACUUUCAGUCGUAACAGCAUGUGUGGUUCACCUGCACGGACGGUGGGUUGGCGUGAUCCUGGUUUUAUACAUACAAGUUUUUUGAAGGAUUUGUGGCCUAAUUUAAUGUAUACUUACAAGCUUGGGCAUAAAUUAUUGAAUGGUUCAUAUGUUUGGAGUGGGACAUACAGUUUUAAAGCAUCUCCAUACCCUGGGCAAGACUCUUUACAACGAGUUGUCAUAUUUGGUGAUAUGGGAAAGGCAGAAUUUGAUGGUUCAAAUGAGUAUCAUGACUUCCAGCCUGGAUCUCUUAACACCACUUACCAGCUUGUCAAGGACUUGAAGAAUAUCGAUAUUGUUCUCCAUAUUGGAGACCUAUGCUAUGCAAAUGGGUACCUAUCACAGUGGGACCAAUUCACUGCACAAAUUGAACCUAUUGCUUCAACUGUGCCUUACAUGGUUGGAAGCGGCAACCAUGAACGAGACUGGCCUGGAACAGGAUCCUUCUAUGGGAAUAUGGAUUCUGGUGGAGAAUGUGGUGUGUUAGCUGAAACUAUGUUUUAUGUUCCUGCAGAGAACAGGGCAAAGUUCUGGUACUCAACGGACUAUGGUAUGUUCCGCUUCUGUAUAGCUGACACCGAGCAUGAUUGGAGACCAGGAACUGAGCAAUAUAAAUUCAUUGAGCACUGUCUAUCAUCAGUUGACAGGGAAAAACAGCCAUGGCUCAUAUUCCUUGCACAUAGAGUUCUUGGUUAUUCAUCUGCUGAUUUUUAUGGUGCUGAAGGAUCGACGGAGGAACCAAUGGGAAGAGAGAGCCUUCAAGAACUCUGGCAGAAGUAUAAGGUCGAUAUUGCCUUCUACGGUCAUGUCCACAACUAUGAAAGAACAUGCCCAGUCUACCAGAAUACAUGUGUGCGCAAUGGGUCGCACCACUACAGCGGUCCUUUUGGAGCAACCACCCAUGUAGUCGUUGGAGGUGGAGGUGCUAGCCUUGCUGACUUCACCGUCCGAGCCAAAUGGAGUUAUGUUCGAGACCACGACUAUGGAUUUGUGAAGCUCACAGCUUUCAACCAUUCCAUGCUAUUGUUCGAGUACAAAAAGAGCAGCAAUGGGAGGGUCUAUGAUCACUUUACAAUCUCACGUGACUACCGAGAUAUCUUGGCUUGUACUAUUGAUAGUUGUCAAGGGACCACCUUAGCUUCUUGAAUGGGACUAGUAGGAAUUGUUCUUGGAUCGCCUACCAUGAAGGUCUACUCUCUGUUUGAAAUUGGGAUAGUGAUUGAGAUGGCUUGUUGUUCUAUACAGAAGUCCUUGAUUGCUUUGUACAUGAACAAAAUCUCGCAUGCUCCUUUUUUUGACAUGUUCGCAUGAUCAAACAGCAAAUGCUAGCUUUGGUGCUUAUCUGUUAAAAUAGAAAUUCUUGUUCUUCAUUGACUUUGUUGAACCUAGCAAGAAAGAUAUUUGAAGCAAUUUGGUUUGACUUGUU